GUUUUAAACUAGACUGGCGCUGCAACGCUUGUGUUAGUUGUAUUUAUUUUUUUCGGUCUUUCGGUAAACAAGCUGGUUUAAUGUUUCCGUUUCGACCACUGAAGCUGAAGAGGGUUUGUUAAAUAUUUACGGAAGGUUAAAAUCCCUCUGUCUUUCCAAGACUACAUGCUUCGAGGAAAACUGAAGACAAUGUGUUUUAAGCAUUUUUAGAAUUGGUUAUUUAAGAGGAAGGGAGUCCUGUUUAAAUAUUUAUCAAAGCAAACCAAAAGUCGUUCUUUCAUGGCUAAUAACACAACAACCCAAGCUUCAUACAUCCAAGGGGAUCCACAGGAGGAUGACUGCCGUGAAAAUGUUCCACCUAGUGAUCCUAAUGCCAUGGACUCUUCAAAGCUAGAAAAAGCAGAACUGAGCAAAGUAGAGAUUUUCACCUCCCAGUUAGAGGAAGAAAAUGGGAAUGUUUUCGACGCCCGUGUCUUUUCCACUCCUGCUGCUAAGAAUGAAAACAGUGCUGGCCAGGUGAAGUCACGGGUAUCUGUUUUCCAGUCUGCUCUAACCCCAAUCUUGAAAUACCUAAAUAUUGGGAAUAAAAGCUCGAGUCCAGAGUCUCUUCAGAACCAACGCAGUCAUAAUUUUGCUGUUCCUUUUAAUAUUCCUUCUACAAACUCCGAAAAAUCAACUACAGAGUUAAGAAGAGUAGUCAAUGUUGGAGAUUGCUCUAUGAUCAUUAAUGAAUGCUUGCCAGAAAUUACUCUUUUGGAUGUAACUGCAGAUUCAAUGAUUCAGCUGACGACAAAUGAUUCAGUCCUUCCUGAAAGCAAAUCUUCAACCCCUCAGUUUUAUGGUGAAAGGAAACCCACCCAAACAAGUUCUACACAUCAUAGAAAUAACCCACUGGAGUUAUCUCCUCUGACCACAGAUCAUCUUCGCAAGGUGGAGGAUUCCUCUGAGAGUACUCAAAAUAUCCUUGAUGAUUACUUGAGAGAAAUUACUCUCCUUGAUGUCACACGCGACUCCGAAUUUUCUCCAGUUGGCCAGAUGUCCUCCAUGGACAUCACACCAGUUUUUUCACCUGCCGGCCAUUUGAAGGCUGUUGAGGGAUCUGCUGAUAGCACAGAGCAAAUUAUGACGGAGCUUGGCAAAUCGGACACCAUCACAAACGAAGAGAUGUCCAGUACAAGUGGGAGUUCUGUCCAGUGUUCACAGCAGAAGCAAGCACCCUCAGAAGUAACUCAGGAUAUCAGCAUGAGUAGCACUUUGGAAAACAUAAGCUCUUCAUCGUGGGCAAGUGGUCAAAAAGUGGAGAAAAGUCAAAAUCCAAAUGAAGGCACUAGAGUUAUUAAUAUUACUCAAGAUCUAAACUCCUCUGAGGACACCCCUGCUCAGCAUGUCGGCAUCUCCUCCGCUAGCAUAGGGAGAUCCAUUCCUGAGUUGGAUUCCAAACUCUGUGAAAAGCCAGAUUCUGUAGACAUGGAAGAGCUCCAGACUAUCUGUGUCACAAAGGUAUCAAGCAAUAGAUCUCCACAAAGCCGAGAAGCAGAGACCGAUGGACAAGAAAUGAUGAAAUGUCAGAACUCAGAUGAGAGCUCACUCUGUAGCCAAUCUAUAAACACCACUCAUGAAAUAAACCCAUGCUGUGAUGCAUCAGCUCAGGCUGCAAAUGAUUUGUCCUCUGAAACAGACAAAUCAAUCCCUGAGUUGAAAUCAGAAAUCAAAGGAAACCCCGAUUCUGUAGAUGCAAAGAUUAUAGAGCCGCCGCUCAGCUGUGAGUCAACCGGCAAGGAGUCAGAGCAAAGCUUAAAAUCAGACACGUCUUCAAACGGCACCUUUACAAUCGAGCAGCCCUCUAACAACACUAACAAUGGAACUGUGGACCUUCCAAUGGGUGAUGCAAGUGAGCAAAAUGAUGUCACUGAAAGCGGAGAUCAGCAAAGUUCCGGCACCACUAAAACUCAGGCUUCCUUUGUCGUAAAUCAAAGCAGUUCAGCUGGAAAGGAGGGGACCUUCCUCAUCGGGCAGAAUGCCACGUUCGACAAGGAUUCUCUCCAAAAAUCCAAAAUCAUCUCUACCUUUGAAAAAACUCCUGCCUGUCUCGGUCAUCGGAAUGACACUUUUGAAUGUAAACCUGGCUCUAAACCAAACGGAACCGUAAUUUUAUCAGAAAUCAGCUCAAGCAACAUUCCUCAGAGCACUUUAGGUAAUGCCACCCCUCCCAAAGCAUCAAAUUCAACCAGAACCCUUAACGAAAGCGGUUCUGAAGAUGACUCACCAAAGCUCCAAGGAAAGGAGACCACGGCUGCUGUAGAGCCAGAUGCAAAGAAGGAUGGGAGCCCAGAAAGGACAUCUGAAGCCAAUCCUGCUUUAGAGCCAGCUAAUGCAAGCGAUGGAUGUGAAAUCAAAGAUCUUUCACGAUCGCUCUGCUUGGAGCUGACAGCUUUUCUGACCUCUCAAACCAUCAAAGCUUGGAUGCAGUUUCCAUCAAAACCAACAACUUUAACCUAGAUGAGACUUUAGAUUUAAGAGUGGACUGCCUGACUACUUCUACACCAAUGCCAAGCUGUAAAUUGUUCAACUUGGACAGCAAGGCAGAGCCGGGCAAAGCCCUGGCAGUGCAGAAAAAGCUUUACGAAGAACCGCCCAAUAAAGCGUCUCACACGAUGCCAUCAAACAUCGUUUGUGAUCGGAAAACUUUCUUCAGACAACCUGCUGCUAAAUAUCCUUGCCCUCCUGCUAAAACUGCCCCCCCAGCCGUCAAAGGGUAAUCCACCAGCAGCUGCGACUGGCCUGCCUGUGAAAAAACACAGAGCAGAAGGGGAGGCCAUGAAAAAUGCUGCUCCUUCAGGGGAACAGGAGAAACCUUCAAUAUCAAGCUCUUACAACCUGCGGUCCUUGGCUUCCAAGCUGCCAGUGUCUGGCUUACAGAGACCCCAGCAGAGUGGUAUUCCUGUUGGCCUUCCUAGAGCUGCUCUGGGACUGAGAACACGGAUCAAUACAGCCGCCUCGUCGAGUACAGAGAAACUCAAUGGAUCUACAGCUGUCACAAAGAAUGCCCAAGGAAAAAGGCAUCCUCUCACCAAGGGGGAAGCUUUGCCUCAGCCAAAGAAGAAGAAAAUGGACACAGCAGUACCAUCCAGCGGUACUGAAGCUCCAUCAUCUACCUGCAGCUCCUCAAACGCUGUCAGAACCCUGAAACAGCCCACAACCGGCCACAGAUCUGCACCCGAUAAAAAUCCCAAAACUGAUGCCACGAUGCAAGCAAGCACUGCUAAGACCGGGACUUCUUGUGACGUGAGCAGCAGAGGAAGAAGUUUAAAACCUCCAUUAACCAAUCAGAGAGCAAAUCUUGCUAAACCUCAAAGCCAAGGAUGUGCCAAAUGCAGUGUGCUUGAAGAGAAAAUCAGGCAACAAUCAGGGGAAAUACAAAGGCUGAAAGAAGAGCUACGCAAGUAUGAAACUUCAGGCCUCACCACAACCGACGGAAAUGGUGACGGCCAGACGAGCAGCGUGAAGUGCUGAUGUAAUGCAUGGAUUUAAAAAAAUUCCGACAGCCACUACAUUCUUGGACAAUGAUGGCAAAGUAGAGCACAAUUUUUGGUUGUCAUUACAACUCAUCUAAUCCUCUCUGGGAAGUUUUCAUCUCGUCGGUGGAGAAGCAAAAAUCUCACCGAGAGCGUGGCUUCUUCCAGCACACAGUAUAUCUUUAUGGAGUUCAGCCCUGAUGAGAUGAAUCAGUUUUC